AUGCGAGUCCUAGAACUUGGCAUUUUAGCCAAUCUUGCCAUCUCGGUGAGCGGUUUGACCGUAGGUCGGAACGCCCUCCGGGUUCGUGCCCCUUCUGCCUCGGCACCUCCUUCGUCUUCCCCUACCGGAGAUGCUUGGAAGACCAUGCAAUGCUCCCAGAUCCAGGGUGACCCUGCGACUCAAUGGCAGGAGGCAGGUGCAAAAUCUGCCUGGGAUACCACCAUUGCAGCCUGGAAUGACCAGUCGACCACUGAUGGCUUCCCACAGUUCUUCAGCAGCUUUAUCCAUGGACCUCAAGGCAUGAGAUGUGACGACAUUGGCACCGAGAACCGUUGCUCCCAGCCUGUGGAGUGCAGCGAUGCUACUAUUCCAGCUGGUGCUAUGAUUCUGAAUGGAUUUGCGGGUAUCCAUCAACUCCAUGCAUCGGUUUUCCAGGCCGUUGGGCUUGCCCAGGCUAGUGUGACGAACAAUGUUGGCACCUUCACGUCUGCAUUCGCCCCUCAGCCUAAAGAUAACGGAAACAUGAUUAAGAUGAUCAUCGAUGCUGUAAUGUUAGUUGUCACCCUUGGCACAUCUGUAAUGUAUAACGUCGUCCUUCAGAACGUGGCGAAUGUAAUCACUAAAGCAAUUGCCGCUGAGAUGACGGGUGCUAUCCUCGCUACCGCUGUUACCUACUAUAAGACGAACAUGAAAGGUGCGGUAGAGGGACUUAAGGUCCAGAAUACCAUCGAUUCUUUUGUAGGCGUGACUAUGACAGCCUGGAAGAAUUUGGAGUCAUCUUAUCUUGAGUCAAUAUUCUCUGGGAACUCCAGCAGUGCUAUCGAAUCUCUCUAUACCACAAUCGACGGUGGUACUAUAGCCGCAGCUAUGGACAAGCUUAACCUCGUCGGCACGAGCACCGACGUGGAAAAGAUCCUCUACGGUCAGAUGAUCUCGUAUGCAUGGAGUGUUUCUCCGGAUAAUGCACGUCCUUUUGUCUGGAAGAGCAAAAUUUACUGCAACGAAAACCUCAGGCCUCUCAUCGGAGCCGUCUUGGUUGACAAGUCAUCGAGAAGCAAGGUGUAUGUGUGCUACAAAAACUACAUGCAUUUGCUGGUGAAUGGUCAUGGGGGAAGUAUCGGGAGCGUUCUUCCAGGUGGAGACCAUGAUACUCUGAACGGAAAGGACUACGGUGGAAUUACGAUUGAAGACAUCGUCAUCAGCAGCGUUGAGGGCUUUGCUGCCAAUAACAACCAGAAUGGGUACCCGAAGGCUGAUAUUGAUGGUAUCGUGGGCAGCUUUGGCGGGGAUAAUGUCCCUAGCGUCCGAACUCCUGGAUUCUUCAAUUUGCCGGUUUGUCUGGAUAGUAACGUCGUUGGCGACAAUCUGGAAUCCGGUAACGGGAAAGAAUCACCCUAUUGGCCCUGUGAAAACCCUGAGGGAUACACCAGCACUGGGACCAAUCUUCAUGUUGAAAAGGGCUGUGUUUUGUUCAAUGAUGCAAAGCGCUGCCACACUUGGGGUGGACCCUAUAACGUCGCGGAUCAGAAUACCGCCAACAGCACCGUUACUGUAUAUGCCAUAUUCAAAGGUACAAGUGAGAAGCUUCCUGACAAGGAGGUUCCUGGUUGCAAGCUCGAGGCAUCAUGGCCUCGCGAAUGGGGUGAUUUGGACUUCACCGAGGAAAAUUGCCUGGAGAGUCGUGACAAGUCGUACAAACUGUGCUGCGGCCCGGACACGAUCAAUACUGAUCUUGUCAAGAAUCCAUAUGGCCCUGACUCGUAA